CGGCUCAAGAAACCUGAGUUGUGCAAACCUGAGCUGGCCAAUGCGCAGCCCACACUACCACAUGGAGUUCAGUAGGUAGGAUGAAAGGAGGCGAUGCAAAAGAAGAGAAUGGUGUGAAGCGGCUAAUCCGCAUUUGCCUGAGAUUGGGCGUGCGUGUGAACAAAGCUUUCCUUCUGCUGACAAAAUGUUUGCAGAUUCUGCUGCUUCCACAGCUAAGCGCUUACCAGUAUCGCGUUUAUUUGAUCUACAUUCUCCAGGUCCUUGGAAGUGAAAGCUUUCAGCUUCUCUUGGCAAAAAGUUUGCAGUCCUAUUACUACGUGAACAAUCUACUGCUGCUGCUUUCUGUCGGCAGCUGCUUGCCUUUCCUUCGAGUAGUAUUCAACCUUUGGAGAUUUAUUCCAUGCCCUCCGAUGGCAUCCUUGAUUUCCAAUGUGGCGUUGGUCUUUACGCUUAUUUUCCUCUUGAUUCUAGGCAUUGGAAGAUUUGGGGAAAGCCUGUUUGAGGUUUACAUCUACAGUAUGAUGUUUUGGCCAUGGCUGGUGCUUACCUCGGUGGUCUCACGACUCUUCAUCGAGCGGCAGGCUGGCCGCAACCCCUUCUCGCCAGUGAAGGAUCUUCCAAUUCUUGGCUUCUUCGGGGCUCUCUCUUGUGUCUUGGCAUUCAUGGCAUUGAAAGAACUGACGAUCUGUGACUGCUUGGUGCUCACAGUCUUUGACAAUGUUCUGGCCGCAGCAAUGGCAUCAUUGCUGAUGGGAAAGUCAAGACGGAAAAGACACUUCAGAGCAAUCAAGGUCUACACCAUGAUGUGUGUUUUGGUGGCACUGUACUUCCUGGGCGAUCAGGGCUUGUCGAAUAUGUCCAUGAAUUUCCCGUUGGGCGGAGCACAUCUCUUGUGGAUCGCAAGCCGCUUCUUCAUGGUCACCAGAUCGAUCUAUGUGAAGUGGAAGUAUGCGACGUUCCAUCACGCGAAAGAGCCCAGCAAUCCUCCCGAGAACUUGCUGCUCUUUUAUGCCAACUCCAGACCCACCCUCCACCGCUUUCGGGGCUUUCCGUCUCCGAUGCUCUCAGUCUUGGACUGCCUUUUCGACUCUGGCUUGAGGGACAUUGAGCUCCACGGUAUGGGUCCGCUGGGCACAGAGGAUCUGUACAACCUGACCGAGUUCACCUACUUGUUGCCAGUGGCUUCAUUGGCCUCGUUCCUCAUGGAAGAGGGGACUCUGUAUCAAGGUCUUCUUCCUCAAACAGGCACCACUGCCGCCACGGCCUUGGGACUUGCAGAGUCGGCUGCUGCAGCCUCUGCUGCAGAGGGUGCAGCAACGGUUCAAGUCAGCGGAGACCCUCAAGAGGUUGCAGAGACUCGGGGCUCUCUGGAUCUUUUGGUGGCAGUCGGUCUAGUUGUCGUGUUUUGCGUCUCCAAGUUGCUCACACCUGUGAGUAUGUCACGAACACUGUUUGAUCGAGCAUCGCCCAUCAAUGUUUGGAAAUAUCAACCACUGAUGGUGGCAGCUCCAGUGUUUUUCUACGAUGUUCUUAGCUUGAACAGCUAUAUCUCCAAGUACCAGAUUUGCGUGCUGCUCCUCCUGGCAGCCAUGAACGCAGUCUACCGGGCAGAUAUGUGGAAUGCUUUCAAGCGGAAGUACUUGCUUCUCCAGACACAGGACCUACACUACCAAGCACCGUCGACUGUGAGGCAACUGCAGCGAAAGACCUUGCUGCAGUUCCUGGAGCGAACAUCGACAGAUGACUACGCGAACAUGCUCUUGGAGACGUCCAUUGGACAUGGCACCAACAUUCGAGAGCUUGCACGGGACAUGAGUGUAAGUGUCUGGGACCCUUCCCCCUCCUCCACGGCGGCAUGGAAGCUGGCAUUCUCCUUGGUCACGAAAUCCUUGAGGCGCCAGAAGUUGCUGCGGAAGCAAAAGAUGGACACCAAACAGGAAGUGCAUCGCUUCAUCGAGCGGAUCGUCCAUGAGAUGGUAGACACCGCAGUAGACACUGCGGCUGGUCAUGGGGCGCGCAUGAAACUGGCAGGUUCCUUGGCGCAAGUCACCGCGAAGCGCCGGGCAGUGCGUCGGCUGCGGCAGCACGCGCUGAAUCGCCGCACUCUCCGGGCGCAGCGCCGCGCGGGACAGCUGAGCACUACUGCUGCACAUUUGUCAACUGCAAGCGGAACCUUGCGCUCAGUGCAGGAUCUGAAGCGGGACAUGGGGCCCAUGAGGCCCUUGAUGGGUCCAGGCAGCCAGAAGCCAAAGGCAUUGCCAGCGCCAUCGACUCGAGCGGCGGGCUCCUCGAUGGCUCUCAAAGAUGGCACGGCAUCGAUGUCAAUGAGUCAAACUCUUCAGUCGUGGAAUGGAAGAGAUCCAGCAGAGACGGGACUGUCUUUGUCACCAUCUCAGACUGUCGAUUUGGAAUCUGGACUUUCACCAACGAGUCAAGCUCCAACGAUUCCAGGGGAGGUGAAUGCCUCGAUGUCGAUGACCUCCGAGUUCCGGGAAUUCCCAGCCGAACCGCAGGAACGGGGCGUGUGGUAUUCCGGCUACAGCAUGGCCGGACCACCUGCGCUUGGGAAUUCGUUGCUGAUUGUGUGCUUCGGCGAUGCCAAGCGUGGACAGCUGGGCGUCGAGCCCGUCACGGGUGCCAGGCAGAUCAGCCGCACAACGACCCUGGUAGUGGAGGAGCUGCGGCACCAAGAGGUAGUGCAGAUCGAAGCUGCGGGCGUCGCGUCCUUCGUGGUGGGCUCUCGUGGCCAGGUUUGGGCCUUUGGUUCCAAUCGCUCCAUGGAGCUGGGCGGUCGAAAGGAAGUGGCGCAGAUCGCCAGCGCGCAACGGAUGAAGAGCGUCCGAGACGUCCACGUGGUCCAGGUGUCGAGCGCAAAUUCGACCUCUGGCCAAUCGCACACACUUGUUCUUGGAGCCAAUGGCGAGGUGCACAGCUUUGGUGCGUCCAAUUGCGGCGCGUUGGGGCAAGGACCUGACGUGAAACAGUCUGCUCCUUUGCUGCUGCGCUUCAGCGCGCAAGUGCCAGUGAAGAUGGUCGCGACAGGAGCAAGGCACAGUUUGCUGCUGACUGACACCGGCCGUUUGUUUGCAAUGGGCGACAACACGCAUGGGCAAUUGGGCAUGGAGUCAAGGGUGGCUGGCUCCUUCGUUGACACGCCAAGAUCGGUGGAAGGGCCGCUUGGUGAUGAAGAGGUCCAGGUGAAACUGAUUGCUGCUGGCGAUAGCUUCACCAUGGCAGUCACCGAGGAGGAUCAGCUUUUUACUUGGGGUGCCAAUGCGAACGGGCAAUUGGGGCUGGGGAAGCUUCAGGAUCAACUGGUACCACAGCCAGUUCCACAGCUGAGUGGCCUUCGGAUUGGUGCGAUUGCUUGUGGAGCUUGUCAUGCCUUGGCCCGGGAUCCACACAGCGAACCUUUUUUCGCAUGCAUGCGGGACCCACACCACCCCUGUUUCGGUUGGUAGCUCACAUGUCGUUUAACAUAAACUAUUCAGCACAAGUAGCUCACAUGUCGUUUUUGUGACCCCAAGACUAUUGGUUUGGGCCUUUCUACCAGGAGCAAGGACGCUACGAACGGGGCUCCUGGCCUUACUACUAGGAGCAAGAACGCUACUAGUAACAAAGGGCACACGGGUUUUGGCAUUUGAUGGGGGGGUUGAUUUCAUCGAUUUCGGUGACUGAUCUGGAGACUUCAGUCUCUCCAGGCCAUCACCAACGAUGGAGCAAAGGUCUGGGCUUGGGGAAGCAACGUCCAUGGCCAGUUGGGUGUGGGUGUUGACAGCUCCAAUGCUCAACGAGUGAAGCCCUCCUUGAUCCCGGCUUUGAGCAAUCGACGAGACGUGGUGAUGUGCCAGGUCACAGCUGCAUCCAAUCACUCUUUGGCUUUGACGACGACGGGUGAAGUGUUUGCGUUUGGCUUGAACAGUCACGGUCAGCUUGGCUUUCCCACGGUGAAGAGUGCCAACGAAAGCUUUCUUGCCGAGCAUGAGAACGGAGACCCAUUGACCCAGCAUCAGAUGCUCCAGCAAAAGGCCAUGCGAGACAGGGCCAAGGCUCGCAACAAGGUCGAGAUGGAC